AUGGAGGGUGACCAUCAAGUUCCUCCUAUGCUCAUUGCUGGAGGUGAUGGGAGACGUUUCUCACCGGGUGGGGAAAUUCUACCUCUUCGCGAGCCGAGGCAGUUUUUUAUCGAGCCUAGAGGAGUUGAAGGUGAUAGAAACGAGAGCUUUGAUGUAGCACCUCGAACUGGUGCUUCCCUUCACAGAUCUGACUCAAGUACUUCAUCUUUCAAAAAUGCCGUCCGACAGAGAGAUCACGAGUGUAUCACACACGUGGAUCCUAUAAUUUUACAUCAAAAAUGGACCAUUGCCAACUUCAACUCAUUGAUAAAAUUAUCUUCUCCUGGUAGUUGUUUGAGAAGUGCUGUUUUUCGAGACCCAGGCUUGCCUGAUUCCUGUUGGCAACUUUGUAUGUAUCCCGGGGGUAAAAGAGAGGAAAAUGCUAACAAUGUGUCUCUCUUCCUGAAGAUGUCAUCCACAGUUCCUAACAAAGAGGUUAUUGUAAAAGCUGAGUAUCGAUUUUUCUUCCUUGAUGAUAAGGACCAGCCUCGAUUCACUAAUGUUAACAUUGGCGACUUUCAUGCAAAGCCACCGAAAGGUGGCCACAGUUGGGGGCUUAGAAAUAUACCUAAGCAGAAGGUUAUGAAUAGUAUUCGUGCGGAUAAUUCACUAGUGAUCUCAUGUGUAAUAGAGUUGAUGCCUGAUGUUUCAAGAAUUCCUUGUAAGAAGGUGUCUGCUUCAUCAGGACCAACUACUGAAAUGAUGUCUGUUUCGAAAGUUCAUAUUGCUAAUGAACUCAAAAUGUUCAUGAAUGGGGAUCAGUCAGAUAUGAAGAUCAUCAUCGGAGAAAAUGGACAUGUUUUUAAUGUACAUAAGUACAAACUCAUGGCUCAAUCUGAUGUAUUCCGGGCAAUGCUGGAACAUCAAGAACUCACUGAGUGCAAGACAGGAGAAUUGAUCGUUAAAGAUUUCUCUGAAGUUGCAGUGAGGGCUAUGCUAGAGUUUGUUUAUUGUGGUCAUAUUGCCAGCGAUAUUAGCAUUGAUGAAUAUGCUGAAGCGAUGGAGCUAGCAGAGAAAUACAAUGUUUUUUCGCUGAAAUCGAUCUGUGAAGACCAACUUGUUUCCAAAGUGAAUUCUUCAACUGUUAUCGAAGCAAUUGUUCUAGCUGAUAGACACAUGGCUCAAAGCCUAUUCGACCAUUGUAUCGAAAUAAUUGUGUCUCAACGAUCAAAAAUUGUCGAGUCAUCCAAUUGGAAAUCUUUGAAAGAACAUAACCCACGUCUAGCAAAUACGAUUUUGGAGAUUAUUGUGAGUUAUGAUCAAGUACCACCGACGAAAAGGUCGAGAUUGUAG